AUGAGACGUGCUCUUGCCAUGAAGAACAAGUUCAGAUUUUUUGAUGGUUCUAUAGAAGUUCCUGGAAAAGAUGAUCUGAACUAUGUAGCUUGGCAAAGAUGCAACAAUUUAGUUCAUACAUGGAUUAUCAAUUCAAUAACACCAUCUAUUUCUCAGAGUGUGGUGUUCAUCGAUAAUGCAGUAGAUAUGUGGAAUGAUCUCAAAGAUCGCUUCAUGAGAGGAGAUCGAAUUCGUGUAGCACAACUACAACAAGAAAUAACAAAUCUGAAACAAGGUAACAAGAAGAUUUCUGAUUAUUUCACUGAAUUGAGAAGUUUAUGGGAGGAACUGGAUCAGUAUCGACCUAUGCCGAGUUGUACAUGUCGUGUUGCGUGUGCAUGUCAAGCAAUGCGAAAUAGUAGAAGCUUUAGGGCUGAGGAUAGGAUUCUUCCGUUCUUGAUAGGGCUGAAUGAAGAAUUCCAUUGUGUGGUAUCUCAAGUCUUGUUGAUGGAUCCAUUGCCACAAAUCAAUAGAGUGUUUUCUAUGGUAAUGCAACAAGAAAGGAAGAUAUGUGGUCUGAAUUUCUCUAACAAUAGUGCAAUAGAGGAAGCUCCUGGGAUGGUGAAUGUUGUUGAAAGUUCAAAACAAUUUGGAAGAGGUCGAGGCAAUGGAAAUCCCUCUGCAGGGAGAGGUAGAGGGAAUGUGAAAGUAUGUACUUACGCUGGUAAGACAGGGCAUGUUAUUGAUAAUUGUUACAAGAAACAUGGUUAUCCACCAAGUUUUGGAAGAGGAAGUGCAUCUUCAUCAUAUGCUAAUCAAGUUGAUGUUGAAGACUCAGAUUCAAAAUCUGUUGCAGCUUCAACAAGUGAUAAUGGAGGGAGCAUGACACUUACAAAGGAGCAGUAUCAGAAUUUGAUGACUUUGCUAGAGAAAAGCACAGGAUCUGUGAAUCUAACCAAGGGAGGUAAUUAUGAGUCUUUCACUGCUAGUUUUAAUGCAAAGAAUAGUGUCAGUUGGAUAUUAGAUACAGGAGCUACUCAUCACAUAAGUCACUCUUUAGAUUCCUUUAUUGAAUAUGAAAGAAUGAGUCCUGUGAUGGUAAAUCUACCAAAUGGUAACUAUAUAGCUUCAUCCAUAUGUGGUAGUGUGCAGUUAGCUAAUGAACUGGCAAAGAAGGAUUUGAGAAGGAUUGGUUCAACUAAAGUCCUAGAUGGAUUAUACUACUUGGAAGCUGCUCAUAAAGCUCAUAGAAAGAAUGAUGCUGGAUUUGUGUCAAGUGUGUUUACUAAGAGUAAUUCUGCUGUUAUAGCUCCUGCCUUCUUAUGGCAUUUAAGGCUAGGGCAUCUUUCCUUUGAUAGAAUGGAAUGUAUGAAUAAAUUGUAUAGUUUCAUACCUAGGAGUGUUCAUACAGCUUGUGAUGUAUGUCAACAAUCCAGACAAAAAUGUAUGCCUUUUCCAAUCAGUAAUAAUAAUGCUCAGCAUGUGUUUGACUUAAUCCAUCUAUAUGUAUGGGGACCAUUUGGUACCAUGUCUGUUCAUGGCUUUAGAUACUUUCUAACCAUACUUGAUGAUCAUAGUAGACAGGUAUGGGUAGUUAUGUUAAAAUCCAAGUCUGAAGUAUGUCAAAGAAUUCAAGAGUUCAUAGCCAUGGUUGAAACUCAGCUUGAUAAGAAGGUGAGAGUAGUUAGGAGUGACAAUGGAACUGGACUACUUAUGCCUACUUACUAUGCCUCAAAAGAAUCCUCUGUGCCUAUUUUACAUACUCCUUUAGAUCCUCCUUCUUCUUCUACUCAUAACUCUCCAUCUAUUGUUCCUAUAUAUUCUGAAAAUGAUGAGCAUACCACUUUAAUUGAGCAUGAUGAUCAAGUGUCUAAUACUGAUUCUGAUAAUAUGCUUGUUGAUCAUCCUUCUAUUUCUAAUGAUGUUCCUGAUCCUCAUGAUCCUAAUCCUUCUGACUCACCAGUGGCUGAUGCUACUAGAAAGUCUAGUAGAAUUGCUGGACCACCUGCACAUUUGAAGGACUAUAUAUGUACUUCUAUCUCUUCUCAUAGUCAAUAUCCCAUUGAUAAAUAUCUUGCAUAUGAUAAUUUGUCUCAUUCUCAUCAUGCAUAUAUUAUGGCACUUUCCUCUGAAACUGAACCUACAAGCUAUCAAGCUGCUACUAAAGAUCCUAGAUGGGUUCAGGCCAUGAAGUUAGAAUUGAAUGUUUUGGAGCAUAAUCAGACAUGGGAUUUGGUUGCCUUGCCAUCUAAUGCUUCUCCUAUUGGAAGCAAAUGGGUGUACAAGAUAAAGAGACAUGCUGAUGGCUCCAUAGAGAGGUUCAAAGCCUGA